AUGAAACUGUUCUUAAACCUGCAAACCGACUCGAGGCCAAAACCGUACGUUUUUCUUCUGUGGAAAGGGGAAGAUUUUUUCAGUCUCUCUCUUUAUGUUUGUCUUUGUCCUUUUUUUCUUCUUUCUAAUUCACAAUUUCCUGACUCCUCUACUCCGACUCUCUUCUUCUUCCUCUCUAUUUAUUUAUUUCUCUCUGUCUCCUUUUUCUACCUUUCUUUUUUUUCUUUUCUGUUUCCUUCUUUCACGAUAUCUCACUCUCUCGUAUUUCAUUCUCUCCGCCGCUCUUUUUCUAUCUCUCUCCCUUUCUAUACUUUCAUUUUUUUCUUGCUUUGUUUUGUCUGUUCCCCGUUCAUUCAAACACUUUCUUUCUUUCUUUCUUUCUUUCUUUCUUUCUUUCUUUACUUUCAUUUUUUUCUUGCUUUGUUUUGUCUGUUCCCCGUUCAUUCAAACACUUUCUUUCUUUCUUUCUUUCUUUCUUUCUUUCUUUCUUUCUUUCUUUCUUUCUUUCUUUCUUUUCUUUCUUUUGUUUUGUUUUGUUUUGUCUGUUCCCCGUUCAUUCAAACACUCUUUCUUUCUUUCUUUCUUUCUUUCUUUCUUUCUUUCUUUCUUUCUUUACUUUCAUUUUUUUCUUGUUUUGUUUUGUCUGUUCCCCGUUCAUUCAAACACUUUCUUUCUUUCUUUCUUUCUUUCUUUCUUUCUUUCUUUCUUUCUUUCUUUCUUUCUUUACUUUCAUUUUUUUCUUGCUUUGUUUUGUCUGUUCCCCGUUCAUUCAAACACUUUCUUUCUUUCUUUCUUUCUUUCUUUCUUUCUUUCUUUCUUUCUUUCUUUCUUUACUUUCAUUUUUUUCUUGCUUUGUUUUGUCUGUUCCCCGUUCAUUCAAACACUUUCUUUCUUUCUUUUAUAUUUACUUCUUUUUAA